AAAGACGUCAUCGCGGGAGAUCCAGCCAAAGGACUGGACGGAGCAGCGGCGAAUUCCUCGUGAAGCCGAGGGCCUGGCUGAUCUGGUUGCAAGCUGAUGGUAGAUAGGCGUGGCCGUGCGAGCGCAUGUGCACUGGAGGCGUCUGACUGACUGCUGCUCAUCUCAUCCCUCCUGCCACCCACCUCUUCUGUGACACACACACACACACACACACACACACACACACACACACACACACACACACACACACACACACACACACACACACACACACACACACACACACACACACACACAUUCUCUCUUUCUCUUUUUUCUUUCUCUCUGUUCCUCUCUCUUUUUCUUAGACACACACACACUUGCCAUACUUCUGACUCUCUCUCUCUCACACACACACACACACACACACACACACACACACACACACACACACGCACACACACACACACACAUACACACACGCACACACACACAACUGCCUUUAUGGUACGUUAUGGGAUUGAUGGGCAGACAGCAGCCUCCAGUGGGGAGCAUGUCGAAGGCCCCCAGCCCCUCCCCUCCUCACCCUCCCAGCAUGGCAUCUCCAAACUCACCCACAAUGCCCUGGGUGGCAUGGGCGUGCUCCGCCAGGGCCUGAGGCAGUUCCUGCGCCAGCCUCUGUCCCGCCGACGUCACUCUCUCUCCCACCCCUCCUCCCCCUCCCCUUCCUCCUCCCCUUCCUCCUCCUCCUCCUCCUCCUCCUCCGUCCGCUCCCGCUCGUCCGGCCCGCAGUCGGGCGCAGGCCUGGACCAGCUGCUGGAGCUGUGCUCCUCCGCCGCCCGCUCUGACGGUGCCCCCCCUCCCGCAGUGACGCAGGCGUGUCCGGCAGCGUCGCCCAUGAGGAGAGGGGCCACCCUCCCCAGCCGCCACCGGCCCAGGCCCGGCCCGCCGUUGGCGUCCACCGGCGGCGCCGCUGACGUGACGGACGGUCCUCCGGUCCAGAGGGGGAGCCCUCAGCAGCAUCAUGCUCAUCGCCGUGUCCACCCCAGCGCUCCGCUGACCGCCACCACCGCCGGCAACGCCGCCAACGCCUCCUCCCACGAUGCACCUCAGCAGCCGAGCGGCCGGCCGCGCUCCUCGUCCACGGAUGGCCUCGCCCUCCUGGAUACCCCCCUCAGCUCAGGGUACCAGUCCACCGAGGAGACCGAUCGGAUCGAGAGGUUGGAGGGAGGCGUCCAGGCGGCCCUUGCGGGCGCGGGCGAUAUUUCCGAUGAGCCCCUGGACCCCCAGCGCACGCGGCAGGUCAUCGCGCAGCUGCAGCAGAAGAUCCUGAAGCUGACCGAGCAGCUGCGCAUCGAGCAGACGGCGCGCGACGAGAAUGUCGCCGAGUACCUCAAGCUGGCCAACAACACCAGCGACAAGCAGCAGAGCGUGCGCAUCAAGCAGGUGUUCGAGAAGAAGAACCAGAAGUCUGCGGGCAGCAUCGCCCAGCUGCAGCGCAAGCUGGAGCACUACCACCGGCGGCUGCGCGAGGCCGAGGGUGGCGCCGGGGCGGGCGCGGGGGCGGGCACGGGGCGCCAGGGCAAGGCGGUGCUGCGCGACAUGCAGCAGGGCCUGCGCGACGUGGGCGCCCGCGUCUCCGAGUUCAGCGAGGGCGUGGUGGACAGCGUGCGCGGCGGCCUCACCAGCAUCCAGCAGGUCACCCACCAGGCGGCGUCCAAGCCGCGCGAGAUCGCCUCGCUCCUGCUGGCCUCGCGCCACCGCUCCGGCAGCGCCGACAACCUCCACCAGCUCCGCGACGGCCAGGACGUCGACACCAACGGCGACGAGAGCGUGCUGAGCGGCGGCGGCGGCAGCGGAGGGCGCCUGCAGGCCAGCCCCAAGUUCGGCAGCGAGGAGGACUGCUCGAGCGGCACCUCGGGCUCCGCGGGGGCCAACAGCACCACCGGGGGGGCCCCGGGCGGCCCCCCGAGCUCCAAGGGCAACACGCUGGAGCGGGGCCAGCACAGCGGCCUGGACAUGCUGCUCCAGGAGGUGCAGGAGCUCAGGGAGGCCCAGGGCAGGAUGGAGGAGGCCCUGGACGGACUGAAGAGCCACUACACGCGAGACUACACGCUCAUCUUGCAGGGCAUACAGGAGGAGAGGUUCAGGUGUGAACGACUGGAGGAGCAGUUGAAUGACCUGACAGAACUCCACCAGAAUGAGAUCCUAAACCUGAAACAGGAGCUGUCCAGCAUGGAGGAGAAGAUUGCCUAUCAGUCCAAUGAGCGGGCCAGAGACAUACAGGAGGCGCUGGAGGCGUGCCAGACGCGGGUCUCCAAGAUGGAGCUGCAGCAGCAGCAGCAGCAGGUGGUGCAGCUGGAGGGGCUGGAGAGCGCGGCGGCCGCGCGGACCCUGCUGGGCAAGCUGAUCAGCGUGCUGCUGGCGCUCAUGGCCGUGCUGCUGGUGUUCGUGUCGGCCGUGGCCAACUGCGUGGUGCCGCUCAUGAGGACGCGCGGCCGCUCGCUCUCCACCCUCCUCUUCCUCAUCUUCCUCGCCUUCGUCUGGAGGAACUGGGACGUGAUGACCGGGCAGACCCAGGCGCGCGUCCACCUGCCCAGAUGAUGGUCGCGCCCCCCCUUCCCUCCCCCCUGCCUGACCGGCACGUCCUAGCAGCCAGUCAGAUGCCGGCGGCGGUGGUCAUCUGGCGGGCACCUCAGUGGCCAGCGGUGGCCUUUUGCAAUGUCGUCCACUCUUCUGUGAGGACACGGGAUCUGAAGGAGAUGGACCAAAACGCCUCAGACCCACCUAGCUGAGUUUUCAAAUCUGUUUACACCCGAAGGAGGCAAAAAACUAGUUUUCUCCUCUGGCACAUUUGCAGUGCUUCACUGCUUGUAUUUUCCCUUAAUUUAAUGUAGAUUGUACUUUUAUUGUAAUUAUUCCUAAUACGAUUAUUUUAUUCUUUUUAUGAUAAUUAUUCAGUUCAAUGUAGCAUGAAGCUUCUGUCAAAAAAAAAAAAACACUUGGCUGAUAGGACAUUUUCUUCCUCAGUGCCUUACUGCCAGAGAUUACUGUGAUUGGCUGCCUUCAUUGGGAGUUGUGCCUUUUCAGCCAUGACUGACAGCAAUAGCGGAUUCCUCCCUGUCUGCACUGCCCUAAAUUCGGAGAUGAGAGACGAAACCUCUCUGAGGACUUUGCUUGCAGGAUUGAAUAGACUAAUCGAGAGAUGCGGUACUUGAAUGAAGAGUGGCAUCUGUGUGUGUGUGUGGGUGGGGGGGAGGUUGGGUGGUUCUUGGGCUUUCUCACUGUUUUCUCUAGGGAUGAUUCCGUUCCCUUCCAAAUCUUUGAUGUAAAGCAGAUUUUUAUCCCGAAUGAAGUAUUUUGAAGAAUGUUCUUAAUUAAUAUUUAUAGUGAUGCAUAUAUCCAGCCAGUGGGUGUGGUGGUCAGUUGAAGAGAGUAUAUCUGACCCACACCAGACCAGUCUGACCGUUAUAACAGACGUGGGUACGCUGAGGACACACACGUGUAUGAGCCCCAGUAGCUAGGCUAGCAUACAUCUUCAUGUUGAUGGCGUGCUUUUUUUUCUGACUGAGCAUGACGAUGUACACUUUAAUGACACGAUGAAUAACGUCACACUCUACAUUUUUAGACUUUUGACGGCCCGCCUACUGUAAUGUAUCACGAUAGCAAACUCGAAGCCAAUCUCUGUGGAUUGCUUUUGACCCCCUGACCAUUGGUUUGAGUUGAUGCUAGUGUGUUGACUGUGUUAGCAGAGCGCCCCCUGUCCUCUGUCUGUAUGCACUGCACUUUACCAGUUGAGUCUGUGCGCUGCGCUGUCACAUCACAUACAGAUACCUGUUCAUUUUGAUGGCUUUCUCUGAACGUUUAUGGGAGGAAUAAAAAAAGCAUUCCUGACUA